AUGUUACGGGGACAGUACGGAACGGCGACCCCGACAUCACUCGUACCUGUUUCUCAUCGUGAAGACGCUCAACCUAACGAAGGUCUCACAAAGCAGUUUCGCAAACUUCCGCCAUCGAUCCGGUCUACAGCAGCUACAUCUCGGGAUACCACAAGCAUCUAUCACAGCGGAUUUGGGUCUAGAGGAAGAGGAAAUUAUUCAGGUGGAAAUAUGAGCCAAGGUCGAUACGAUCAUCGUGGUUCGCCGUUGCAAUAUGCAACUCGAGGAAAUCCAGCAUGGCGAGGCCGAAGAAUGGCAUCUACCCGUGGAACAUAUAUGAACUGGAAUGCCGGCCACACCCCCAUGCCAUCGCAUAUCGAUGUAUCAUCACCAUCUGCGUCGAGCAGCAGCGAGAGAACUCCUAGCGUUGGUCCCAGAGCAUCUUCGCUACAACAUGGAAUAGAUCCAGGACCAUCGAACCGACGAACACAUUCCACUGCGUUUCCAGUAACAUCUGAGACUCCCGCUACGCCACCUAUUCCAGAGCCCUCACAAGAUAGAUGGUGGAUGCACAGAUCAAGGUCUCCUACUCCAAAACUCCCAGCUGCUCCGCUGAAACGACGGAAGAUAGACGGGCAACCUGAGACAAAACCUCAGGCAACCAUUUCCAGAUUACCGCUUCCCGGGCGACUACCCAAACCAAUUAUAUCUGCAAGAGAGGAACCACCGGUUGUUGUAAAACAAGAACCUGUGCAUGUGCCCAUAAAACACGAACCCGUUGUUAAACGGGAGCCCUUGUCUCCAUCCCCGCCACCUCGUGCAAUUGCACCUGAACGAAAACUCAUAACAGAGUCAUGUCAAUUUUUUCCGUUCCCGGAAACAUGCAAGAAAUCAGACCCUAACUUCAAGCAAAAUCGGAAAGCCUUUUUCGUGGAAAAGAAUAAGGAGCUCCUUCGUAAGGGUUUGAAAAGGACGAGAGCCUUUGCGCGAGACGACGGUCUCGUCAUCGAAUGGACCAGUGCCGUACCUGUUUGGUCAGAUACUUUAGAACCCGAGGUGGUUAAUCUUGCUACGGUAAUCCAACGCGCAUAUCAGGUUAAUACUAGUCUCACCCAUUAUCCGGCCUCUGUAAGACGGAAAAAACGUGCAGCGAGCCAUGAUUCUGACAGUGUCCCUGGUCCUUCACAAGUGCAAGUACCAGAGUCUUUACCUAUCAAAUCUCAAUCAACUCAAUCAACAACCACGACCAAGAAUUCUUUGCCUGUAUCAAAAGUUCGUAAAUCACAAACCUCUACGACUGUUACAACAUCUUCGCCGAUUUCACCGCCGGUGAAAUCCCGACCUGUGUCUAUGAAAGCGAACGCUUCAUCUAGAUAUAGAGAAGCGUCAGAUCCUCCUUGGAAGGUCCCUCCGAUCCCCAGAAGACGAUUACCCUUACCAGGUCGUAAACCUGUUGAAUCGAGCGAAUCAAAACCUAUUACUGUACCCGUAGCAUUCGCCCCUCGGCGCUCUAUUACACCUAUUUCUGCAUCUACGACUACACUCGCAAACAUAAUGAAAACUGUCAGUCCAUUGAAUCUGCCAUCGAACAAAUCCACUCCGAUGGUCGCUGGUGCCAACCAUUCCACAAUACCGCCCAGUGUGCUUCCAUCAGGGCCCAAAGUUGGCGAGUGUCAGGAUUUGGGAGAAGAUCACUGUGUACAAAGUUUUCAUGCAAAUGAGAGAUCAUCUAAUCACCGACAGCACCCUGUGACGACAGUUGCGUCUGAAUCUCUCUUCAACGCGACCACUAGUGAUUCUGGUGCCGUCAUUGCACACAAGCACACAGACAACGAUCACAAUGACGAUGAUGAAUAUGAGGAAGCUGAAGAUGUGGCCAACUCUCUUCUCACUCCAAGUCGAGAUAUCAUAGGGUCAGAUGAUGAUAGAAUGGGGAUUACCAUAUCUACCGAUGACGACGGUCCAAAUGAGGUUGAGGGUCAUGUAGCUGAUUUCCUACAGAGGUACUGCCAAUUAUUUGAUACCGACCGGUCCAAGUUGGGUGCGGCAUAUGAUAAGGACGCAUUGUUUUCAUGCUAUGUCCAUGAUGUAGAUGCAGGGCGCCAGUCGUCUUUGACGGCGGGGCUGUUCGCGCUAGAAGUAGAUUCCGCUCACCAUUCACGUUCGAAGGUCAUGCUCGAUCGUGGGCGUAAAGAAAUCAGCGCUAGAUUCAUGUCCAUGCGUCCAUAUCAAUUUUGCCCCCGUGGUGUUGUAGGCAAUCUGAUAUAUGACGCUGUCGAUUCACCCGCAGGAAUUCUGUUGACGGUCCACGGAGAGAUUGUCAAUCCACAUUCAUCAAACCCGCGUCUAGACCAUACUCUAACUCUAGACCAAAGUUUCCUGCUCCGAAAGAGGGGUGAUAACGCUCAAGUUCAUUUCCACGGGAAGAACGACGACGACGGGUAG